CUCCGUCCCCGCUGAAUGCGCAUCUCGCUCGUCACUUGUUUACCCGAAUGUUUUCUUUCCGAGGACGUCCAGCGGUCCCUUCACACCCAACAUCCCAGCAAAAUGGGUCACUCAAAAUGUGUAGAGCUGAGAAAGAUGAAGAAAGAGGAGCUUCAGAAGAAGCUCCUCGAACUGAAGCAGGAGCUGUCUGGCCUGCGUGUAGCUAAGGUUACAGGUGGUGCUGCAUCUAAGCUCUGCAAGAUCCGUGUUGUUAGGAAGUCCAUUCACCGUGUUCACACCAUCAUUGGACAGAAGACAAAGGAGAAUCUGAGGAAGUUCUAUAAGGGAAAGAAGUUCAAGCCUCUUGACCUCCGCCCAAAGAAGACCCGUGCUAUCCGCCGUUCCCUGAACAAGUCUGAGAGAGCCAUUAUUAGCGCAAAGGAGACUAAGCGCAGAUGGAACUUCCCCCAGAGGAAAUAUGCUGUUAAGGCAUAAGUAAAUAAAUGAUGAGCGGUAA